UUGUAUACGUAUAUUUGAUACUUAAAACAAUUUCAUCAAUUUAUUUAUUAGCUAUAACAGCAUUUAAUAAUUUUACACGAUGCCUUGCGGAAAGAGGUCCCUCAUUAAAAGUUGGGGUAAGCCGAAGUACAUAAGGGUUAUUACUCCGUCGCGAUACGAACAAAAUGAGGCUUCUGUUAAAGUACACUGGAAGAAUGUAAUGCGGGACCUAGAAUUAUCGUAUAAGGAUGAUCAAUUCUGGGAAACACAAUGCGAUACUGUUCGAGAACUGGUGGGCCCAAUCAUGUUUCAUAGGAUCGCUAAAAUAUUUAAUUUACCAUUUGAAGCGACACAAUACAAACCGAAAUCUGAAACGUCCUCCUUGGAUGCAUCUGAGCAUUACUACAAGACGACAACCUCUGUAGGAGUAAAUAUGCGGCCUACGUUUUCUAUGAGCGACUUCGAAGUAUCUUUAGAAGAAAAAGAUGAAGAAGAGGAAUCAGAUUACUGGAGUGUAUCCUCAGUGGCGGAAAGUGAUGAGAGAAUGGUGUCACGCUCCAAAUCUGUCUCAAGAACGAAAUCCUUAAUAACUUCGAAAAUGUUCUCGAAAACAAUAUCUAAAUCUUUCUCCAAAUUUUUGUCGAAGACUAUAAUGAGAACAUACUCUAGUAGAAGUAAGCUGUACAAAUCAGAACGAUCGGCUAGCGACGAAUCCGCAAACUCAAGUGAUGAUUUACUUGUUCACCCUGCUAGCAAAUACAUUUUCCGAAGUCCAUACCAGAGGCAUACAAAGAACCCUCAUUUUGACAUGCUCUAUUGCAAUCAAUCUGAAACUGACAUGAUCAAGUGGAAAUCAAAGUAUAAGCAGAAAACUUACGAAGUGUCGGCCUCUGAUGAAUUCAGUAAGAAAGCUGAAAUCAUGACCAAAAAAAUAUCUAAAGAGUUUUAUGAUUGGUGGGUAGAUUUAGGCAACGUUGAGUUCAAAAGUGAAAUUAAACGACCAGAAGAUAUUGAGUCUCUUUUCCAGGUUUGGUUUGACGAGCAUGCCUCACGAGGUUUGGUUUUGGAUCCGAAAAUACUUCCGUGUGUCUUACAAAGUAUUGCAAAAUAUGUUGGCGAACCUAAAGCGUCGUGUCCAAAAGUUUUAACCCGACAGAUUGCUUACGAUAUUCAUGCCGAAACAAGUCCAGCGCAUAUAAUGGCAUUCGGCACUGUACUACCACUGAAGAUGAAGCACAUCCCACCUAAGAACAACACGGAGAAGAUGUGGCAUUCUGUUAAGAUCCCCGGGGAUCUGCGUUCCAUGGCUUGUGUUUGGGAUGACAUACAGCAUCUCACAUCAACAAAAGAAUUUCAAAAAUGGCUUGAACAGCGGCCUCACCUACCAAUGCCUCAAUGUCUUAAAGAUAUGUACGCUUCAGGAGAAAAGAAACAUCCAUUUGUGGUACCUUCAGACUAUGUUGUUCAAGACAAAAGUGCGCCUACUACUACUCAAGACUUAGCUCUGCCGGUUUCACAAUUUUCUAUAGAGUUAAAGGAAGUACUGAGUAAAUUAAUGAAUCAAUAAUAGAUACAUGUCAAUACGUGUCUUUUUAGUCCAUGAGUUUUUGAUGUUUUAUUAUUAUAAAGAAGAGAUAUCUCUUCUUUUAUACAUUUAACUAUUUAGAUUUGUAUUAGUCACUUUUCCACAUAUUACUC